GUUAAAAUUGAAAUAUUAACUGAAAAAUGUAUUAGUUCUCUGCAAUUUAAUGGUCCGGAAGAUGCAGCAGGGAGUGAGCAUCGAAUUGUCAUGUAUAUGAAUAUUUUUCAAACUUAUGAUGGGAAAUUUUGAACCAGGAAUCGACUUCGGCGGAAUUACCUGAUUUUGAAGUUGUCACUUUCUCGAUUUUCACUUGAAUAUAUAAGCCUCUAUUUUAUGUGAAACGUGUAUGUAAAGAAGUUAAUAGAACUUGAAUGUAAAAAUUCAACUGUCGGCAAACUCUUAUUUCAUUCCUGCUUUAGUGUAAAAUUACGAUUAAUUAAAAGUUUCCCGCAAACGAACGAAAAUUAGUUACAUGGCUACGUCAGAGUUUACUGCACUACUAGUUAAUCUUCACGUUUAACUUUCUAGUAGCGAACUCCUCGAUCGACUUGAUAAUGUCCGGCUUCAGAGAGUGGGCUUAUUAAUGUUCUUGGUGCCGAUAUAUGUUAUUUUUCAAGGAGGUUAUGAUCGAUAAAAAUCUCAUACCAACCCAUUAGCCUAAAAUGUCGGGCGUGGCACGGCGAGUUGCUAUCAGGAAAACCGGCACCGCUGCAGCCCAUCCACCUGCGAUCAGAGAUGCCGCUCAGCAUUGGGCCGAUACCUUCACCGAGCGCAAAAUCAACUCCGUAAUAUACGAGCACGAGGAGGAGUCUGACAAGUCCUCCGAUGAAGUCUUCUCUCAGGCCGGACGGCAACUGGAGCUUCUGACGGCGUCCGGCACUGCGACGCCGGGAUCCGUUCUAAGUACUCCUGAUUCCGCGCAUGGAUCUGUCGCUCGAAGGCGGUCGUUGACGAACGUGUUUCAAGCUAAAAGUGAAGAGCGAGUGAUAAUCGUGUGCCAUGAUGAAGGGGACAAUGAAAUCCCCUGCUUGGAAGAGACUGCGUCCCAUGAUUCCACUUUGGGCACGCCAUCGUCAGUGUUUGACGAGCCCUCCAAAGUCGGCAAAGAAACGGGCUCCCUCCUGAUUGAAGUCUCUGACAAACUCAACUCCAUGCCAAAACAUCACGAUGUUACCCUCUCCAAUUCCAUUCCUGCAGACUAUGAACCUGUGCCCCAUGCACCCCCCACUCCAGUAUCUUUGAACUCUGGCAAUGACGGAGAAGCAGACGGAUCUGCUGUUCCUCCAGAAAUUGCAGGAGACCGUCGCAUAUACAGGAAACACGGCCGUGCAAUUCAUAAGAGCCUGGACGAGUCUGAAGGCGGGCUAUCGGUUAAUAAUAGUAUCGCCCUGAAGCAGCUGACCCUGUCGGUGCCCAACAUCCACGAGCUUGACACGCCCGAGAGCGCCUGGUCGGGACGCACUACUCCACGUAUCAGCCACAGCCCUCGUCUCACACCCAAACAUUCCCCUCGUCUCAGCCCUCGUCUGGCGCACACCGUCCACAAUGUCAAGAAGAAAAUAUCUGAGGCUGUUAAGCAUGAGAUGUCCGCUUUCAUGUCCGACCAGAUGGUGUCGGUGAGCUUCAAGUCUCUGGAGACGUUCAUCGAAGACCAGAACUUGAGCGGCCUACAGGGCUACCUGGCCACGCGAUCCGUGCUUAUCGACGACCGCGAUGACAACGGUGCUACAGCCCUCAUGGUGGCCGCUGGCCGCGGCCUCCCUGACUUCGUCAGAGAGCUCCUACUGCACGGCGCUGACAUCAACGCCGAGGACAAUGACCAAUGGUGCGCCCUGCUCGUGGCCGCGAAGGAGGGACAUGAUGCUGCCGUGGCGACACUCCUCGACCACGGAGCCAAUAUUCAUCAGAAAGACAUGGGCGGCUGGACGGCGCUGAUGUGGGCGUGUUACAAAGGGCGCACGUCCAUGGUGCAGCUCCUCCUGGAGCACGGCGCCGACCCCAACACGCAAGGGCCCCACCACAUGACCUCCCUCAUGUGGGCCGCGGGCCGGGGCUACACGCAGAUCGUCAAAGACCUCCUCGGUAAAGGAGCUAAAGUCAACAUCGGAGACAAGUUCGGCACGACGCCAUUAAUAUGGGCGGCUCGUAAAGGCUACCUUGAGAUCUGCCAGGCGUUGUUAACGCAUGGAGCCACCACCGACGCUACCGGCAUGUACUCAUGGACGGCAUUACUGGUGGCAACUAGAGGCAAUUAUGUUGACUUGGUGCGCUUAUUGCUGGACCACAAACCGAACGUUAACGCCCUGGACAAGGACGGAGGCACGGCGCUCACCAUCGCCUGCAAGGAAGGCUACACGGAGAUCGCCCAGGCUUUGCUCAACGCUGGUGCUUACGUAAAUAUUCAGGACCGCAACCAAGACUCCAAUUUGAUAUACGCGGCUAGAGGCGGCCACAGAGCUGUCGUGGAAGCCCUUAUGAAGAAAUACGCUGACGUAGACCUGGUCGGCAAAGAUAAGAAGAACGCUCUAUACUGGGCAGUCGAGAAAGGCCACACAUCAGUCGUUAAGCUGCUGCUGACGGCAAACCCUGAUCUGGAACAUAGCACCAAAGACGGCGACACGCCGCUACUCCGCGCCGUUCGCUCCAAGAACGCCGAGAUCGUGCAGCUGCUCAUCGACAAGCGGUGUAAAGUCAACGGUGCCGACAAGAAGGGCGACACCUGCCUUCACAUCGCUAUGCGUGGCCGAUCUAAGGGAAUAGUUGAGAUUUUACUACGGAACCCAAAGAACAGCCAAAUGUUGUACCGACCCAACAGAGCGGGAGAGACGCCCUACAACAUCGACUUGGCUCACCAAAAGACAAUAUUAGGACAAAUAUUCGGUGCUCGUCGUUUGAACACGAACGAAGACAACGAGAACAUGCUGGGAUACGACCUUUACUCGUCUUCUUUAGCUGACAUCCUGAGUGAACCUUCCCUCUCGAUGCCUAUCGCUGUGGGGCUCUACGCUAAGUGGGGCUCCGGCAAGUCUUUCCUCAUCAGAAAACUCAAAGAGGAGAUGCGUAGCUUCACCCGUCAGUGGGUGGAACCCAUGUUCACAUUCACGCCGCUGGUGUUCCUGCUGCUGCUACACGUGGGGGUACUCAGCGGGCUGCUGGUAGGGGCGCCGCUCCGAGACUGGCGAGUUGGACUCGGCAUCGGCAGCUCCAUCUUUAUCAUCUCCACGAUCUUCUUCAUCGCCGUGUGGAAAGGAUCGAGAAGGUACGAGAUUCAGUUAUGGCACAAUCUGUCAGUGCGGCUGGAGCGCUACAUGACAAACCUGAAGCUGGUGAUGCAAGUCAUCUUCUGCUCGCCGCCGGGGCCUCAGUACAGGAACUGGAAGGAGAGCCUACACGUGCGCCCCCUCAAGUUUGUGUUUGCGGACGGAGCAAAGCCAGGCAACACCGCUGACGGCGAGUCCUCCGUGGUGCACAUGCUGGGGUCGCUCUUCGAUAAGGUGGAGCAGGAGUACGGCGUGUUCUCCACCCGCCUCUACAGGGCCUUCAGACCUAAGCCACAAGGAAUCACGAGUCCGUGGAGAUACAGAAGGCUGUGCUGCAUCCCAUACGUGCUGAUCUACCUAGUGACGCUGUUCUGCGUGCUCACCGUGUCCACACUCGCUGCUAAUUUCGGAUUCCACGCCUGGGGCUACGAACCUGAAGAGCCUGCAGUAAUAACGCUGAACGAUGACAUGCCGGUCACGAACAACCUGACGGGAGGGGACGGCGGCGAGGACGACGAUGAUAACAGCAACGAGUCUCAGGAGGAACCUGCAGCCGACGAUGAUAGCGACCCUUACUCUCGUCCGUAUCACGGCUACGUGAUCAACCCUCUGCUGUACACGUCGAUCGCGCUGGUAGCGGUGGUGCUUAUCGCCAACUUGCACACCCUCUUCAGGAUGCUCGUGUCCCUUGUGUUCUCGCACCGCCGCCAUCUCAUGAGGGCUGUCUCGAAACUAGACACUCUCAAGGCAGAGGGCUACCUCCACACCCUCAAGGGCGAAGUCAUGCUUAUGGUCGACAUGGUGAAAUGCCUGGACGCGUUCAGCGAGCAGCAGACGCGACUCGUUGCCAUCGUGGACGGACUGGACACGUGCGAGCAGGAGAAGGUGCUCUCCGUGCUCGACGCGGUCAACACGCUCUUCACUGACUCCUCGGCGCCAUUCAUCAUCGUCCUCGCUAUCGACCCUCACAUCAUCACCAAGGCAAUAGAGCUGCACGUGCACCGCGUGUUCAGCGAGUCAAGCAUCAGCGGGCACGACUACCUGCGCAACAUCGUGCACCUGCCCUUCUACCUGCAGAACUCAGGGCUGCGUAAGGUGAAGCAGGCGCAGCAGGUGGCCGAGCGAGCCCGCAACCGCUCGGGGGGCACCUUGUGGGUGGACGAAACUGACUCUGUCAGCGUGGCAACCACCUCAGCCAUGGGCGGCAUCAGCCAUAUACCCACGAGUCGCCGGUUGUCGGUGGAGAGCGGCGUAAGUCAGGCCGCCGGCAUGCGCCGUAACCCCAGUAAAGGCAGCCGCCGUCUCCUCAAGCAGUCCGACUCCAUCGCGUCCAGCAUUGCUUCCAACCUCAACAGGGCGGGCGGCGCUCAAGACCUUACAAAGGUGCUCCUCACUGACGACUACUUCAGUGACAUCAACCCUCGCUCCAUGAGACGCCUCAUGAACGUCGUCUACAUCACCGGCAGGUUAUUGAAGGCGUUCCACAUCGACUUCAACUGGUACCACUUGGCGUCGUGGAUUAACAUCAUCGAGCAGUGGCCGUAUCGCGCCUCGUGGAUCAUCAUGUAUCAUGAAGUGCAUGAAGAAGCCAUCGAGGAUAAGAUCUCCCUUAAGGAUCUUUAUGACAAGAUUAAAAACCUCAUUCCGAACAACAAGGACAUGGAGCCUUUACUGAUCAUGGACAAAGACGAGAAAAAGUUUGAAAUUUUCUUGUCCAUGCACAAAACUUCCUUGCAUGUUGCGGACAUGAAAGUCUUCUUGCCAUUCACCAUAAACUUGGAUCCAUUCAUUAGAAAGGUGAUCAAGGAAGAUCAGCCGCAGUUCGAUGUCGCGUCCACGCCUGCGCCCAUGUGGAACUACCAGACACCUUACGAUGUCGCCAGCAAAGCCUCCACGCUCACCAGGAGACAGAUACAGCGCAGCAACCAGAAAGUGUCGACGGGAAGUUUACCUCAUCACGCCUCUCUGAACCCUCUAAUGUGGGGAUACCCGCCUCAGCCCCCUAACUAUCUCCCCGCGCCCCUGGCAUCUCAUGUGGGAGGUUCUUUGGAUUUCAACAUCCCCCCUCCCGCGUCACAAAUGAACCUGCCUGACCUCGACACCAUUCUCAGUGAUACGCCUGAAAAGCAUCUCUCGAGCAUGACUUUAGAGGAUCUGUGUAGUCUACUCAAUAAAAUCGUGGGGCUGAACGCUGCGGUGCUGCCCAAGUAUCAAGAUAAUUUCCGAGCCAACAACAUCACCGGCAAAGUCUUGGCGCACUGCGACCUGGAUGAGCUCAAGAAAGAGCUUUCAAUGAGUUUCGGCGACUGGGAGCUGUUCAAGAUGGUCGUACAAUGCCUGAGGGAUAUAGAGAUCACGGCGGAAGAGGAAGAUUUCAUCACGAGGAAUGUACGCUUCGGAGCUCCCAUAACUCUGGACGGGGCGCUGGGGGGAAGCCAUCAUUUCGGCGACGAAAUUUCCAGUUUGCCAUCAGACGCGUCCUCGUCUCGCCGGGGUACUCCGCGGUAUUUUGCGCCGCCGCAUCGAGAGGACUUCAACUGCCGGCGCAAUGCGAAGACCAGCCUGGUCUCCAGACAGGUUUCUAACAAUCGACGAAAAUUUGCCGUUGCUCCACGAGAUUCGGCUAAAGACCGAGAUCUUGAACACCUUCUGGAGGAGCAUGAGGGUGCGGACUUGCACCCUGAAAGAGACCUUAACGAAGUUCCAUCCACUCACAAUGUUCAUAAUUUGAUGCCACCGGAUUACGUACGAAGCCGAAAACUGGACGUAACGCCCGUGUCGUCACCGGAGGACGACUAUGUAGAUAAAGAAGGGUUGCCUAAGAUUGUGAUUCACCAGCUGAACCUCGAGGAGCAGAUGAUCUGCGGUGCUCUUCAGACCCUCAGUGAGGAGGCCUGUGAAGACGCGCUGCAGCAGCAGGAGGAGCACGACCUACUGCCACACACGCUCUCAUACACGCCCUCUGCAGAGGACCUUCAAGAAAAUGGCGAGGGGAAACGAGGAAUCGGAGUGAUCCUCGGAGGGGAAGAGGUAGACGUGGUGUUCUUGCAGUCUUCCCCGCUGCUGCCCCACAGGGUCAUCACGCAUGUUCCUGACAGCGAUAACAUCUCACUUGCAUCUUCGAGCUUCUCGCCAACCAGGAACUUCAAUGACAUUUCUUUAUCUAGAACAUCUUCAAUUAUCCGGUCGGAGGUUUCACCGAAUGUCUCCCCAAAAAUCAGUCUUCAAGAGAUGCGGAAGAGCAGUUUGAACAGUCGCAGGAGCAGUGCUAUGAGCCAGGGGGACAGAUUCGAUAACAGAAAAGACAGCAAAGGUAGCCGCAAGUUCAACGUAGAGAGCCCCGUCAACUUACACGAGCUGCCGUCUGAACGCAAGGUAUCUAAUGAGCGGAAAAUCUCGAAUGAGCGGAAAACUUCGAAUGAGCGGAAAACUUCGAAUGAGCGGAAAACUUCGAAUGAGCGGAAAACUUCGAAUGAACGGAAAACUUCGAAUGAAAGAAAAACCUCAAAUGAGAGAAAAGUUUCAAAUGAAUGGAAGAUUUCUUCUGAACGCGUGAGAGCAAGUUUGGGCCCAGAAAGGAAAACCACUCUCGCGUCUCCCAAGAAAACCCCACCAGAAACAGUCUCAAAUAUUCCUGAUGAUGACAGCACUUCUCCUAGAUCUCUUUAUCCAACGGUGACUUUUGGUCAGGACACUAUAAUCGCCGAGAAAUCAGAGGAUGAGUCUUCUAGAGUUGAUAAUGAAGAAAUAAACUCUGAUAGUGAAUCGGACGAGAAAAACGUUGGUGUGUCGUCACCGCUGCUUCGAAGCCCCGCCGGGGGGCCGCGACCUCCGCGCCCCAAGUCCCUCAACUUGUCGAGUCCACUGGACGCCACAGGAAGCUCUCCUCCUGGAGCCGUUGAGCCUCAUCCUCUUCUGAAGCAAAUAUCUUCCUUAUCAAAUCUGAGCUCCACUGAAACGAUUUCCUCUCCAGUUCGCUCAACCCUAGCUCAACAGCUGUCCUCGACCUCCAUGGAGACUGUCCGGAAGCUGAGAGAUCAAAUUAGGAAGGUCAUAAAUCCACACGAAGGCUCAAAUAGUUCACUCAAAUAUAGGUUAAGUGACGGAGAAGGCGAAGCAUCGCUGUUGGUCAUGGCUUCGCCAUCUUGGCACAGUGAUAGCAACAACGCAGCCUUCUCGCCCGGCAGUGUCAAAGAGGACGCCAAACAAAAUCCCGAAGAUACCGCGUCGGAUGAAUGCGUAUCGCCGACCAAACCUCACGCUAAUGCCGAGAGGGAGACUCAUGUAUGAUGGCAGCGUACGGAAACGAAUGUAUUUCCUGUGUAUAUAGCUUGAACAUAUAUUAUUGCGAGGGGUCUGUACAUUAGAAGGUUUUCAUAGUUAUGAUUGUGAGCAGAAAUUGUAUAAAUAUUAAUGUCAUAAUAAGCGUCCUAAUCAGAGAGGGAUUCCUUCGGAUUUUGUUGAUUUUUAUCUUGUCGAUCAAUUGUGGCUGAGCGCUUGUUUACCGCGUACCAAAUUGUGCACAUAUUUGAUGUAAACAGUUGUUUUUUCAAACUACGUGUGUAAUUUCUUUCCAAUGUGUGCGAUGGACGCUGUCGAUGCAUUUCACUCUCGGUCAGAUCGCAGACCAUUCUUCCAAAAUAGUGCCUGUAGCUCCCGUAUCACAAAUCCCGUAUAUAUGUAAGGCGAAAUAUGUACAUUGUGUUAACUUAGAGGUUCCUUAAACUUAUUGUAUACGAAUGAAAAGGUUCUGAAGUGCACAUUUUGACAACUAAACUCUAAAUUUCUGGCCAUAAAGCAGGUGGUUGACCGUCGAUUUAUAAUAUAUACUCAUUUGUUAUUUACAAUGUCUGUUUGAGCUUCUUUUCGGAUAGUGCUUGUGAUUCAAGAAAAAAUUAUUUGAACUGAAAACAAAUGUCCAC